AUGAACUCCUCCCUCCUCUUCUCGAGACUGGGAAGCUCCAGCAUCCUAAAGUCCACCCGCUCUCUUCGUCCCUUUCAGUCGAAAUUAUGCUCUCGAACCAUCUCGCAGACAACCCCAAAAUCUGCGACUGCCACACCAUGGGAAGCUGCUAAAGCUGAAACGGACAAGAAGAACCAGACGGUGUUAUACUACGGCCUCAGUGCUGGCAUAGCCCUCCUCGCCCUCUCAUAUGCCUCAGUCCCUCUAUAUAAAAUGAUCUGCCAACAAACCGGCUGGUCUGGUCAACCCAUCAAAGCGCACGACAGCGCCGGCGAUCCUGCACUACGUCUGCGACCCGUCGAAGACCACCGCCGUCUACGCAUCACCUUCAACGGUUCCGUCUCAGACAUCCUCCCCUGGAAAUUCACCCCCCAACAACGUGAAGUCCGAGUCCUCCCCGGCGAGACCGCACUGGCAUUCUACACAGCCAAGAACAAGAGCGAAGCAGACAUAAUCGGAGUAGCCACAUAUUCAGUCACACCGGCACAAGUGGCGCCAUAUUUCAGCAAGAUCCAAUGUUUCUGCUUCGAAGAGCAACGGCUCAACGCGGGCGAGGUCGUCGAUAUGCCCGUCUUCUUCUUCAUCGACCCUGAUUUCGCCAAGGACCCUACGAUGAAGGGUAUCGACACCAUCACACUAAGCUACACAUUCUUCAAGGCAAAAUACGACAAGAACGGAGUGUUGACAACAAUACCACAGGCAAUGGCUGGGGCGUGA